AUGCUCGCUUGUGCGCGUAUCACUAUCAUCGCCAUCGUGCACCUUGCGCUGACGUGGGUACUGCUGCGCUAUAUUGCGGAUUCUGCCAUGCCCUUCUACGUGUACCGCGAGGGCAGUAGCUCUGCCGGUGCCGCCAACGGUGCCUCUGUUCGCACGACAGCGACGUAUGAACGGGACCAGUGGUCGCCCUUCCUCGUGCCAAGCCAGGAGGUGUACGCUGCACAGUUCGCCCGACAGCAGCGCGCGACGUCGGCUGCGGAGGCUGUCGCCCUCAACAGUCGUGUGGUGUGGCGCAGCAGCGUGUUCCACCUCAUUCUCGCCAUCGUCACAUACGCGUUGCUGAGGUUUGGUGUUACGGCCCCGUACGGCCGUCACUCCUGGUCCCUCGGCUUCCAGCUUACCCUCCCCUCGCGCGUCAGCUGGAUGCUGCAGGAGAGUCCGACCAUCUUCCAGGUGCUUUACCACGUCUUCCUGGAGUACCCGCGCCUCAUGGGGCACAGUCCUUCACGGCCAUCGCUGUGGCCAUCGUCUUUCUCUGCCUCCAGCCCGACUGCUGCUGGGAUGUCCAGCAGCCAUUCUUCGGCGGACACAUGCCAUUCCUACUGGGGCUGCGUGCGGGCCGCCUGCACGCAGCAGCAGCUUGGACUCCUGCUCUUUGUUAUCCACUACGUCCACCGCAGCUGGCUCUAUCCACUGUCCAUCCCCGCCACCGCACAUGAUGUGCCGCUCGUCGUUACGUGGACGGCGACCCUGUACUGCCUCUUCAACGGUCGCCUACAGGUGCUGGCGAGUGCAGGUGCGGCUGUCACGGCCUGUGCAACCGACACAGCAGCGUGGUCUUCGGCGUGCACUCCCGCGUACACGGCGUCGAUGAGCUUUGUGCGGUGUUGGCGCGAGCGCCACAAGCUGCAGUCUCUCAGCUCCUCCUCCGCCGGAGCUGCUGCUGUGCACGUUGGCUGGCCGCUCCUUUUCUGCCUCUAUGUGGUUGGCGUCUUGGGCGGUUCAGCGCUGUUCUUCGUUGGACAACGAAUGAACAUGCAGGCGGACUACUACCUGGUGCGUCUGCGCCGCGGUGACAAGGGCUGCAUCGGCCACGGUGGCAGCAAGCCCGGCGGGCGAAGGGUGACGAAUCUGCACGGGGAUGCGCUGGGGCCGUCGUCGUCGUCGUCUGCGGCGUCUGGUGCGACUCAGCACCGCAGCAGGGUUGACGGCUAUCGCAUCCCCGUCGGCGGCUGGUUCGACUCCGUCAGCUGCGCGAACUUCUUCGGUGAGCUUGUCGAAUGGACGGGCUACGUCAUCAUCGUCGUGGCGACGUCUGCCGCUAGCAAUGGCAGCUGCCUCUCCGUGGCGACUGCCCUGGAUGAGGAACUACUGCGGCCGCUCUCCUCGUCGUCUUGGUGGUCACUGAUGAACCCAAUGAUGUGGCUGCGCCUUGUUGUGCGCGUAUUCUUCAGCGGGUCGGAGUCACGCCCGGCAGCGCUGGCGGCGUUUAGCUUCCUCGUGUACGUCUUCAGCAACUUGGCCCCGCGUGCGGUGUCGCAUCAUGCCUGGUACGCCAAGACGUUCGGUGAUCCCUACACGAGGCUCGGCCGCAAGGCACUCAUACCAGGUGUGUACUAG